AUGAAGUUACAGCAAGCACAAGCAAAUGAACAUGUUGAUCUAGUUUGUGGGAAUGCAAACAAAAAAGAUGAAGCGCAAACUAUAGCAAAUGCGUUAUUUCGGGCAGUGAAAGAAGGGAAUGUUGAGUUUGUGGUUAAAAUAUCAAAAGCAAAUCCUGAAAUCUUGCUCAGUGUGGACAACUCAUAUCGAAACAUUUUCUACCUUGCCAUUGAGCAUCGGCAAGCUAGGGUUUUCAACCUUUUCCAUGAGCUUCACUUCAAGGAUGCCUUUGCUUGUAGCAAAGAUAUAUUUGGAAAUACUUUGCUGCGUGCGGCAGCUGCAAAGGCUCCUGACAUCAUUCUUAACCGCAUCUAUGGACCAGCGUUACAAAUGCAAAGAGAGCUAAAAUGGUUCAAGGAGGUUGAGAGCAUAACGCCUCCAAGCUUUAGGGUACUUCAAAACACUGAAGGCGUGACAGUUGAAGAAUCGUUUAGAGAGCAUCACAGAGAAUUAAUGAAGCAAGGAGAAGAAUGGAUAAAAGCAAUAGCAUCUUCUUAUUCUCUUGUUGGCAUCUUAAUUGUCACUAUCACAUUUGCUGUAGUUUUUACUCUUCCGGGAGGAAACGAUCAAAAUUCUGGACUCCCAUUAUUCAUAAAACAAACGAGUUUUGAUGUUUUUAUACUCUCAACCAUAGUAUCCCUCGUCGCUUCCUCAACUUCAGUUCUGAUGUUUCUGGCCAUCCUUACGUCUCCCUUUUCAGAAGAAGCAUUCCUCAAUUUCUUACCUUCAAAGUUGCUUUUCGGUGUUUCUACACUUCUUACCUCCAUGGUGGCUAUGAUCAUCACAUUUCUCUCUGCCAUUCAUCUCACCCUGAAGCACUCAAAUUAUCAUGGGGCUAUCCUGCCCAUUAUUUUAUUCACAAGUGUUCCCAUCUCUUAUUCCCUGUUGUCACUGAUUCCUGUUGUUCGUAACACAGCCUUUUCUGCUUAUGGGACUGUCUUUAAUAGGAAAGUGGGACUAUUGCUAUGA